CUGCGGUGCCCGAGAGAGUUUGAGACCCAUUGCUCUGAGACGGCAUCGGGAGCCCCCUACACUGCUGCAGCCCUGACUUCCUCUCUGGGGGAAGGGGACGCCUGAACAGGCCAGGACCGAGGAGGGGGGCCUGCUUUCUCCAAGGACAAGGACUCGGUCUCCUAGAGCAGCAUGUCCGAGGGGGCGGGCACCUUCCGCGUGGUCCCUGAAGAGGAGCAGGAGCUCCGGGGCCGGCUGGAGCGGCUUACAACCAAGGACCACGGGCCUGUCUUUGGCCCGUGCAGCGAGCUGCCCCCCCACACCUUGCAGAAGGCCAAGGACGAGCUGAACGAGAGGGAGGAGUCUAGGGAGGAGGCGGUGCGCGAGCUGCGGGAGCUGGUGCGGCAGCAGGCGGCCUCGGGGCAGGAGCUGGCCUGCGCGGUGGCGGAGAAGGUGCAAGGCCGGGACAGCGCCUUCUUCCUGCGCUUCAUCCGCGCGCGGAAGUUUGACGUGGGGCGCGCCUACGAGCUGCUCAGAGGCUACGUGCACUUCCGGCGGCAGCACCCUGAGCUCUUCGACGGCCUAUCCCUGGAGGCGGUCCGCUGCACCAUUGAGGCCGGCUACCCCGGGGUCCUGUCCAGUCGGGACAAGUACGGCCGAGUGGUCAUGCUCUUCAACAUCGAGAACUGGGACUGCGAAGAGAUCACCUUUGACGAGAUCUUGCAGGCCUAUUGUUUCAUCCUGGAGAAGCUGCUGGAGAACGAGGAGACUCAGAUUAACGGCUUCUGCAUUGUGGAGAACUUCAAGGGCUUCACCGUGCAGCAGGCUGCCGGGCUGCGGGCUGCAGACCUCAGGAAGAUGGUGGACAUGCUCCAGGAUUCCUUCCCAGCCCGGUUCAAAGCCAUCCACUUCAUCCACCAGCCGUGGUACUUCACCACGACCUACAACGUGGUGCGGCCCUUCUUGAAGAGCAAGAUGCUCCAGAGGGUCUUCGUCCACGGAGAUGACCUCUCCGGCUUCUUCCAGGAGAUUGACAGGGACAUCCUGCCCACUGACUUUGGGGGCACGCUGCCCAAGUACGACGGCAGGGUCCUUGCUGAGCAGCUCUUUGGCCCCCGGGCCCAAGCCGAGAGCACUGCCUUCUGAGGACGCCGCCUGCCACCCACCCCGCAGUCAGCAUCCCUGGGCCUCUCCCCGGCUGUCCUGGACCCAGAAAGCUGGACAAGGGCUGCGUGGGGUGACUGAGGUUCCCCUGACCCUCCUUAAGCUUGGCUGGGCUUAGGAGGACCCUCCUCCUAAGUUUGGGGGCAGUAAGGCGGGGGAAUUCACUUGAGCCAGAAGAACCGGGAGCAGUUCCAUUCCUACGGAUUUUGAGGCUUUAGGACACUGGCUUGUGUGAGGUUGUUUCAAAGACCCCAAGUCUCUUAGUGAUUUGAUUUCCUUCCUAACGGGGUUUUGCUACUUAGAGUCUGUGAGCACAGGCAAGGAGGGAACCUAGGAGCACAUGAUUUGGCAGGCACCAGUGCCUCGGCAGCUCCAUCCUGCGGUGGCCCAGUUCCCCCCCCGCCCCCCCCAGGUCAGGCGCAGUCUGAUGUGUGUGCAGCGAUGAUGGCCAGGACCCUGGGCCUCCUUCCAGGGUGGCGCUGUGUCCCCUCCUUCUGUCUGUGGGGUCUCUCCACCAGACGCGCUGUCCUCCAGGCCCGCUGCCUCACGGGCAGU